CGCUCGCCGGCGUCCGCCCGCCCGCCCGCCCGCGGCGAGAUGGCCUCGCCGUUCGUGUUCCCAUCGAGCCUGCGGGAUCUGGAGCGGGACACCGACGGCGACGACGAGCCCUCGCUCCGGCCGCAGAAUCCCGUCGCCGUCGCCACCCUCCGCGCCGCCGACCUCGAGGAGUUCGUCAAGGGUGCAUCUUUUGAUCUGUCUGACAAGGAGCUCUUCUGCAUCGAGGAACAGGAGGUGUUCGAUGUCAUCUAUUCUAUUAUCUAUUCCUUCUUUCUCCUUUCCAUUGUUCUCACUGAGGAAUCUGCUGCUGAAAGCUGCACAGGGGCUAAGGUGACAGCGCAUGGUCGAAAGAAGAAUCCUGUAUAUACUUGGAACUGGGAAGCUCAAAGAGGCAGGAUCAUGAAUCUAAUAGCUAAUUCUCUUGAAGCUGACCUUUCGCUACUUUUUGGUCCUGGAGGAACUGAUGAACGAUACCUAUCUUUUGUUUCCAAGUGUACUUUUGUUCUCUGUGAGAAUCAAAAUGUGUUAAAAGAUGAGGAUACAAGAAUUGGCAUGUGCAGGAUAAUUGGAGCAAUUGCCACGAAGCAUCAGAGGAUUUCUGAAAUCAGUGCAUCUGUCUUGCAUUUGAUCCACAAGUUUGAUUUCACUGUUGCUCAUCUUGCGGAAACAGUUGCUUCUGCAGAGAAAAAGUUUGGUGAUGGAAGCCUUGCAAUUUCCCUAAUUAGGGAGAUAGGUCGGAGUGACCCAAAAGAUUAUGCAAGGGAUAGUGUUGGUGCUGAUAAUGUUGGGAGAUUCCUUGUCGAACUUGCAGACCGCUUGCCAAAGCUUAUGUCAACCAAUAUCGGUGUUCUUGUACCUCACUUUGGUGGUGACUCAUAUAAGAUUAGAAAUGCUCUUGUUGGAGUCUUGGGAAAGCUGGCUGCAAAGGCUUUCAAAGAUGUUGAAGGUAAUAACAAUGCUCGGCUCCGAAGUAAGCAGGCUAUGCUAGAAAUUUUGAUUGAGCGUUGUAGGGAUGUGUCAGCAUACACAAGGAGUCGUGUGCUUCAGGUGUGGGCAGAGCUGUGUGAAGAAAACUCUAUCUCAAUUGGCCUGUGGAAUGAAGUGGCUUCAGUUGCUUCGGGGAGAUUGGAGGACAAAAGUGCUAUUGUGAGAAAAUCAGCGUUACAGCUUCUCAUCACGAUGCUGCAACACAACCCUUUUGGGCCUCAGCUAAAGACUUCAACCUUUGAGGCAACUCUAGAAAAGUACAAGGAAAAAUUAGAAGGAAUGGAUCCUCGAAAUCCAGAACAAGAUGAGCUUGUGAAUGAUAGUUCUUUCGGUGAAGUGGGCAUGGGCCAACCCGAUAGUGUCAGUGAUAGCUGUAUAGCAAACAGUCAGGAUCAGAACGAUCCUGAUGCCACGAUUGUGGAAAUAACAAACUUGGAACAGAUCAGAGCUAUAGUUGCAUCACUUGAAGCUGGUCUGCGGUUUUCAAAGUGUAUAACUUCCUUAAUGCCAACUCUUAUUCAGCUGUUGGCAUCAUCUUCAGCUACGGAUGUUGAGAACACCAUUCUUUUACUAAUGAGAUGCAGACAAUUUCAGAUCGAAGGAUCAGAAGAAGCACUCAGGAAAAUGUUACCUCUGGUAUUUUCUCAGGAUAAGUCAAUAUAUGAAGCAGUGGAGAGCGCAUUCAUUACAAUAUACACAAGGAAAAGCCCAACAGAAACGGCAAGCAGUUUGUUAAAUCUAGCCAUUGAUUGCAGCAUCGGUGACCUUGCUGCUCUUGAGAGCUUAGUUAGCUCAUUAGUUUCAAAAGCAGAAAUUUCAUCAAGCACGGUAGCCGCACUGUGGGACUAUUUUUGCUUUAACAUCAACGGAGUGAGACCAGUGCAAAGCCGUGGGGCUUUAUCAGUUCUUUGUAUGGCAGCAAAGUCGUCUCCCAGCAUUUUGGGUACUCACUUGCAAGAUAUUAUUGACAUUGGGUUUGGACGCUGGGCUAAGCAGGAGCCUCUGCUUGCUAGAACUGCGUGUCUUGCUCUGCAGAGAUUGUCAGAAGAAGACAGAAGCAAACUGAUAAGUACUAAUAGUGGAGUAUUUGCUGCGCUGCAAGGUUUGAUAACAAGCUUCUCGCUUUCUGAGAAAAUAUGGUAUGGAGCUGCAGAUAAAGCUAUAAGCACCAUCUAUACCUUACACCCUGCACCUGAAAUCUUUGCUACUGAGAUUGCAAAGAAGUCCCUCAGUUCAGUAUUCAGUGUUUUAAGAACUGAGGAUGUGUCAAAUGAAGAUGAAACUCAGAAUGAUGCCUUUCUGUCAUCACUACCACCUUCAAAACUGGGUAGGUUUCUUUUUGUUAUUAGCCAUAUAGCACUGAAUCAUUUGGUGUACAUCGAAACUUCCGUUAAGAAAAUUCAGAAACAGAAACGGAAGAAUGAAAGUUCUCAACACAUCACUGAGGGUCCACAGUCGGAUGCAUCUAAAAGUUCAGAGGCACAAGGCAUAAAUGCCGAACUGGGACUGGGUGCAACAGUAGAUAUUGCAAUUGAAUCCCUUGCUGAAAGGGCAGAAAAGGAAAUCGUUUGCUGUUCUUCUGAAAAGAAUCUCAUAGGACAUUGUGGACCAUUUCUCUCAAAACUCUGCAGGAAUAUGACUUUUCUGCAAAAGUUCCCAGAGUUACAAGCUUCAGCCAUGCUUGCUCUUUGCAGGCUAAUGAUCAUUGAUGCAGAAUUCUGCGAAGCAAAUCUUCAAAUUCUGUUUACUGUUGCUGAAAGUGCACCUUCUGAAAUUGUCCGAUCCAAUUGCACUAUAGCUCUUGGUGAUUUAGCAGUUCGCUUGCCAAACCUCUUGGAACCUUGGACGGAGUAUAUAUAUGCCCGAUUACGUGAUCCUUCAGUAUCUGUGCGGAAGAAUGCUGUGCUGGUUAUUUCUCACCUUAUACUGAAUGAUAUGAUGAAGGUCAAAGGUUAUAUAAAUGAAAUGGCUGUAAGGAUAGAAGAUGAAAAUGAGAGGAUCUCAAGUCUUGCAAAACUCUUCUUUCAUGAGUUGUCAAAGAAAGGAAACAAUCCAAUUUAUAAUCUUCUUCCGGAUAUACUGGGCCGACUGUGCACUCAAAAUCUCAAAGAUGAAACAUUUUGCAACAUCAUGCAGUUCUUAAUUACCUCUAUUAAAAAGGACAAACAAAUGGAAGCUCUUGUGGAUAAGCUCUGCAAUAGGUUUGCUGGUGUAAACGAUGUUAGACAGUGGGAGUAUAUCUCUUAUUGCCUCUCUCAGCUAACCUUCACUGAAAAGGGUUUGAAGAAACUCAUCGAUAACUUUAAGAUGUUUGAGCAUGCAUUAUCUGAAGAUUCUGUGAUGAACCACUUCAGAAGUGUGAUAUCAAAGUGCAAGAAGUUUGCGAAACCUGAGCUCAAAGUUUGCAUUGAGGAAUUUGAGGAGAAACUUGGCAAGGUUCAUGAGGAAAAGAAAGAACAGGAAGAGACAACCAAAAAUGCUGAGGCACACAAACAGAGAAUUGGCUCGCUAGACAAAUUUCUGGCUAGUAAGGAAGUUGAACAGAGUAUUGGCAAUCCUGUUGAAGAAGAAACUAGUGAGGUAGUUGAUCCUUCAGUGGAUAGCAGCACUGAAGAUAAGGAGAACACGCCAGAAUGCAGUGAUAAUAUUUCUACAGGAAAUUGUCAGACAUCAACCACAUUUACAGAAUCAGAAGAUGGUAGUGAAGAGAUUCAGUCAACACGACCUGUCCGCAAAGGCUUGUCACGAUCAAGGGUAAAGAAAACCAGAGAUCCUGUUGUAGAGGACUCAUCAGACAGUGCUGCAGCUAGACGCUCAACCAGAAGACAAGGAAGGUGACACUCCAACGUUCCCAGAAUUUAUCGCAGCUCCGGCUUUGGUGUAAUAUGGACCUAGUGGCAACUCCUUUUGUGUAUGUUCAAUGCGUUGAGCUAUUCGGUGAUCUCACCUUGAGAUCCUGGAAACAGUGGGGGUGUAUGUAUCCUUCUAGCUUGCUGAAUCAAAACCGGGCGUGCUGCUGCCCUUGAAGGAAUGAUUCCUCAACCUUGGACAUCUGAAUCCAACAGCGGGGGUGUAUGUAACCUUCUAGCCUGAUGUUCGUUGGUCUACUUUAGCUUGCUGAAUCCUGGCCAGGUGUAAUUAUCUCCCGUGAAAUUGUCCAGGGAAGUCUGUUAACCCCUUGUAAGGACCACCUGUAUUUGAUUGCUGAUGAAGUAGUUUUCUGGUUUCCAA